AUGGAUCAGAUGAUCGCGGUUCACGAUAUUCAUGAGCCAAAUACUGGAACUUGGCAAUAUGUCGUCGCAGACCCGUCUACGAUGAGCGCGGCUAUCAUCGAUUCCGUGUUGGACUUUGACCCUGCCUCCGCCACCAUCAGUACGAAAAGCGCAGAUGCUUUGCUCGCUUUAAUCAAGGACAAGGGCUACAAAGUAGACCUGAUCCUGGAGACGCACGCCCAUGCAGAUCACCUCACUGGCGCAGCCUACUUGCAGGACCAGCUUGAAAAAAGUCAAGGCUCUCGACCCGAAAUAGGCAUCGGCAAGCGCAUAGCCGAGGUGCAAAAGCGGUUUGGGGAUAGGUAUGGCGUGAACAAGGCCGAAUAUGAAAAUGCCUUUGACAGGCUAUUUGAGGACGAUGACGAGUUUAAGAUUGGCAACCUGAAUGCAACUGUGCUGUACCUACCCGGCCACACGCCGGAUCACGUUGGAUACAAGAUUCAAGGCAAGUCGCAACUCGGUGUCAAGAAACUGCUCAGUCACGGGUCGCAUGUCAAGAUAUGGACUGGACAUGACUACCCGCCCGAGACCAGGGCCGGUCGUGCCAUCUCGGCCAUGACGGUCAGUCAGCAGCGGGAACAGAACAAACACCUCAAAGACGGGACCUCGCAGGAGGAGUUUGUGACUUGGAGGAGCCGGUUCUCGGCAUAUUCCGCUACCGUGGGACCCUUGGGGACAGUUCUCUUCCUGCUGGUGCCCGAGACGCUGGCGGCACCGCUGGAUAGCCACGAAGCUACAGACAAGCCAGUGGUCAAAGACGGCAUCCUGCAACUGCUUCUGUUUGGUGUUGUUGCCGAGUUGGAGACGGUAGAUGGCAGGCUCAAGCAUGCAAUCGAGGAGGUGGCGCUGCGAAUCUUCAAGAGGGUAGCCAGGCGGAGGACCAUCGCAAACGUUCAACACUUCCCCAACACCCUCUCUCUAGACUCGGGGCAGCCGGGUAUGCCAUGCAGGACUGAGGGAUCUGGAUCGGAUCGCUCAGCACGGCCAUUCGCCGUAACCACCCGGUCUGCCAGCCGUGUUCCAUCUCCUGCGCCAGGCACAAACACGGAAGCCAAGGUGGCCGUGCUUGUGCCGUCCGUUGAGCCUCGAAUCAACGGGCUCUCUGUAACCGAAUGCCAACAACAGCAGGCUGAAGCCGCCAUGUCCACAUGCCAAGACUCUGGCAUGCUGCUGCCUGCAUAUGGAAGUUUUGAGAAGGGGAGUGAUGCGGAAAAGCUUGUCAAGAUCUUGAUGCACGUUCUCGGGGCCGGCCUACAUGAUUCCGCAGAAUUGCAUGAAGGGAUUGGCUCGGCAGUGAAUUCUGCAUGA